CUUAGGGUAGGUCCCAAUGUGCAGUGUCUUGUGAAUUUGAGUUCCUAGAUAGCCUUGCUUAACACAGUGGUAGCCAGCUUGCUAGGUGUGGCUACCAAAAUGUUAGCUAGCAAGUGGUGACAUGAGCCUGAGUGUGUUUGGGCUGUGGGGUCGCCAAAACAAAAACAAAAUGUUUUUGUGAUCUUAUUUUCUUUCAUGUGUGAUUAUGAGAAACAGAAUCGUAUAAGUCACGCGCCAAGUCAAAAGAACAAGUUGAAAAGGAGCCAAAGGGGGAACCAGGAACAUCUCUUCCACCACAAAAGCACGGUGUGUAACAGUUACUCAACGUAUUUGGCCAGCUGGCUGGUUUAAGGCUAAAUAAAGUAAAGUAACUUUAUUUCUCAAAAACAGAUGUGGAAAUAAUCACGGGCGAGAGUUCAUGUUCCAGACCACAGCAUGGCAAAAAGAAACUGCUGCCACGGCCCCAGUCGUUAUCCAUCAAGAAAGAUGAGAGGACAUUGGCUUUGGACUCCAGCCCAGAAAAGGCAUCCACCUCACUUCCUAAAAAGAGAAAGCUGCAGAUGGGAAGCCCCCUGAAAAAAGGGAUGUUUCCCACAGCUGCUUUGGAGCUUCAAAAGUUGAGGGGCAAAGUUGAACUGAUGGAACAAAAGAUCAAAAUGCUGGAACAAGUGAAUUCGGAUCUGAAGGAUGACAAAGAAUUUUUGCUCAGCCAGAUAAAAUCAUUGGUUCCUCAACUGAAGAGGCAAACCAUUCAGACUUCAUCAGAUGAUGAAUCGAGCACAUCAUCAUACACGUCCAGUUCUUCAGAGGAGGUGCCAAAAAAGAAAAAGAAGAAAAAGUCUUCUCGUGGAAGUGAUAACGAGAGUCUUCAACUUGGCAACAGCAGGACCCGUAUGAAGACGAUUAAAGGGGUCAUAAAGCGCUAUAAGCUGGCACUGAAGUCGUACAGAAGAUGUGGCUCGAUGAAGAGGGUGUUUGAAAAGCAAAACGUCGACAGAAACACGAUUGCGCAAACUGCUCCAAUUGCAGAGCUUUACAUAGCAUUUCCAGAUGCCUUUGCUGCUUUGCCAGAAUGGAAUGACACUGUUGAGAAGAUGUCAGCAUAUGCUGAACGUUGUAGGCAAGCAAUUACUAGUGACAUGGCUCAGCAAAUUCUAGAAAUGAAAAAGAAACACCUCCUUCUACCAAUUGUGUAUAAGCUCACAUAAAAGUUAAGUUGAUAAAAUAUUUGUGAUACAAAGGCAUCUGAAUAUGUAAACUUCAUUUAGGUUUGUGGUCAUUUUCUUUUGUACUGAAAAAAUUUGUUUGUAGGAAAUGUUAAGUAAUUAAAGCCUGUGUUUAAAUAGGAUGUCUUAGAAUUAUGGGUAACACUGUAUUUGAAUUCUACCUACAUAAGGGCUUUAUG